AUGAAUUCUACAAAGUACCCGAAACUACUAACUAAUGAACAUCCUUCAAACGAGGCAUUUUUAAGUGGAAAUAUUUUUUCCAAACAUGAUCCCAAAACUGUUCGCGAUAGGACAGUGCCCGAAUAUUUUGAUUGGCGGCAAUACGGAAAAGUGUCACCUGUAAAGAAUCAAUAUCAAUGUGGUGCUUGUUGGGCUUUCAGUGCUAUAGCUAAUAUAGAAAGUCAAAUUCGGAUUCAUUUAAUGAAAAACUAUACGCUAUCUGAGCAGUUUCUUAUAGAUUGUAUUAAAAACAACAAAGGUUGCGGCGCAGAUUCACUGAUAAAAACAUUUGCGGCCAUUGUUACGGACUUCGGUGGAGUGCUUCUGGACAGCGAUUAUUUUCCAUACGAAGCAAAACCAAAUAUGUGCAGAUGGCAACCAAAUUUUAACACCAAACUAAUACCGGUGAUUGGAUUCAAACGAGUUUUUCCAAAUGAAAAUGUAAUGAUUCAGUAUAUACUACAGUACGGGCCUCUAUCUGCUGCUAUUAAUUCUAAAUCGAUGGAAAGUUAUAAAGGCGAUAUCGACGAACCCACUGGAGAAACCUGCUCCCCAAAACAUUUGAACCACGCUGUUCUUAUUGUUGGAUACAGUGCAUAUGUGUCGAAAACGUCUGGAAAAGUAACACCCUAUUGGAUUAUAAAGAAUUCAUGGGGGACGGAAUGGGGAGACAACGGUUACUACUACCUAGUUCGUGGAAGAAAUGCUUGUGGUAUCGCCAAUGACGUGUCGUUCGCUUUUGUGCAAUAG